GGCUGCAGCCGCACCGGGCGCCCUGUUACUUCCCUGGAAUACUACUUACCGUACAGCAUGGACACCUCCCAGACCUGCCUGCUCGUGUGCUCCCUUCUGUGCACCGUACAGCUCGUUAGCGCGGCCAGACCGGGGAAGCAGCAGCACCGGAGCUGUCCCGCCGCCUGCCUGUGUGAACAGGACGGGAUGAUGAUGCGAGUGGACUGCUCAGACCGGGGGCUCACUGCCGUGCCAGCUAACCUCAGCAUCUUCACGUCCUACCUAGAUCUCAGCAUGAACAACAUAACCAGGCUGCCCUCUGGCACCUUGCAUACCUUGCAUUAUCUUGAGGAACUACGUCUUGCAGGAAAUUACUUGACAUACAUUCCCAAGGGAGCUUUCGCUGGACUCAACAGUCUCAAAGUUCUGAUGUUGCAGAACAACCAGUUAAAGCAAGUUCCAAGUGAUGCUUUCCACAACCUUCGUAACCUUCAGUCUUUGCGAUUGGAUGCCAACCAUAUCAGCUAUGUGCCACCAUACUGCUUUAAUGGUCUGAAUUCACUUCGGCACUUGUGGUUGGAUGAUAAUUCUCUGAAUGAAAUUCCAGUGAGGGCACUGGAAAGUUUAUCAGCUCUUCAGGCCAUGACACUGGCCUUAAACAAGAUUCACGACAUACCAGAUCAUGCAUUUAAGAACCUCUCCAGUCUUGUGGUCCUACAUCUCCAUAACAAUAGGAUCGACUCCCUGGGAAAGAAAUGCUUUGACGGGCUCCACAGUCUGGAGACUUUAGAUCUGAACUACAACAAUCUAGACGAGUUUCCUGCUGCUAUCAAAACCCUCAGGAACCUUAAAGAGCUGGGAUUCCAUAGCAACAAUAUCAGGGCUAUUCCUGAGCAUGCAUUUAUUGGGAACCCUUCACUUAUUACAAUCCACUUCUAUGACAACCCUAUUCAGCAUGUUGGAAGAUCUGCAUUUCAGCACUUGCCAGAGCUCCGGACUCUGAUCCUUAAUGGGGCUUCACAAAUUACAGAAUUUCCUGACCUCACUGGAACCACAAGCCUGGAAAGUCUAACCUUAACAGGGGCACAACUGGUCAGCCUCCCAAGUGUAAUCUGUGAUCAGCUGCCCAACCUUCAGAUGCUAGAUUUGUCAUAUAACCUUAUCAAGGAUUUGCCCAGCUUCUCCGGGUGUCAACGACUUCAGAAGAUAGAUUUGCGUCAUAAUGAAAUCUAUGAAAUUAGAUCCAACACCUUUCAGCAGCUGACUGUCCUGAGAUCAUUGGACUUGGCCUGGAACAAGAUAAUAUAUGUUCAUCCUCACUCAUUUUCAUCUUUGCCUUCCCUUAUCAAAUUGGAUCUGUCCUCCAACCAUUUGACUUCAUUUCCUGUUACUGGUCUACAUGGUUUGACUCAUCUAAAAUUGACAGGAAAUACGGCUCUGCAAGAACUGAUUCCAUCAGAACAUUUCCCAAAGCUCAGGGUUAUGGAAAUGCCAUAUGCCUAUCAGUGCUGUGCCUUUGCAAUUUGUGAAAGUGUCUUCAAACAAUCAAGCCAGUGGAGCAAAGAUGACAACAGCAGUGUUGAUGAGUUUCCUCGAAAGGAUUUGGGAAUACCACAUCUGCAAGAUGAUCGGGACUUUGAUGAUUUUCUUCUCGAUUUUGAAGAGGAUAUAAAAGCUCUUCACUCCGUGCAGUGUACACCGUCUCCAGGACCAUUUAAACCAUGUGACCACCUGUUUGGAAGCUGGCUGAUCCGUAUCGGAGUGUGGCUGAUCGUUCUCCUAGCUUUUAUUUGCAAUGCUUUGGUGAUUGCCACAGUCUUCAAACAUCUAUCUUAUAUUCCAUCCAUAAAGCUUCUAAUUGGCCUUAUAGCCAUUAUGAACACAUUGAUGGGCCUUUCCAGUGGGGUCCUGGCUACUGUUGAUGCUCUGACCUUUGGACAGUUUGCUCAGUAUGGGGCUUGGUGGGAAAACGGAGUUGGUUGUCAGAUAACUGGAUUUCUGUCCGUGUUUGCAGCAGAAACCUCCAUAUUCCUUCUCACUGUGGCUGCACUUGAGCGAGGACUUUCCACAAAAUGUUCUAAUAAGUUUGAAUCAAAAUCCUCAUUUAUAAUUGUCAAGUUGUCCAUAGGCUUUUGCUUUAUUCUUUCCUUGGUAAUCGCAGUAUCUCCACUGUUGAGUGGCAAUACAUAUGGGACCUCGCCAUUAUGUUUCCCACUGCUUUUUGGUGACCCCUCUUCUAUGGGCUUCAUGGUCGCUUUAGUCCUUUUGAACUCGCUAUGCUUCCUUGUUAUGACAGUUGCCUAUACGAAACUUUACUGCACGUUAGAAAAAGGCGAACUAGAAAAUGUGUGGGACUGCUCGAUGGUAAAGCAUAUAGCGUUGCUCCUCUUCACUAACUGCAUUCUCUACUGUCCGGUGGCCUUCUUGUCCUUUUCCUCCUUGUUAAAUCUUACUUUUAUUAGUCCAGAAGUGAUUAAAUCAAUUCUCCUGCUCAUUAUCCCAUUGCCUGCAUGUUUAAAUCCUCUGUUGUACAUUCUCUUCAAUCCGAAUUUCAAGGAGGAUAUUGGUGGUCUGAAAAGCACAGAUAUGCUGUGGAGCAGAUCUCGGCAAACUAGCCUGUCCUCUAUAAAUUCAGAAGAUGCUGAAAAACAAUCCUGUGAUUCUACGCAAGCCUUGGUGACCUUUGCAAGCUCUAGCAUUUCAUAUGAGUACCCAUCCAGCCCUUCAUCAUACCAGAUGACUGAAAACUGUACAUUAUCAACUGCAACAUAUGUGUCUUGUCACUGACAACAUGGCCACACGGUUCUGGCUCCUGUACUCGAGACAUAAGCCUCUCUUUAUUUACUAUCAUUGGAGAAUAGUAUUGGUUUGUCUUUGCUGCAUCCAUAUGAAACCAAUCAGCUAUGGUAUUUCUUUUGGAUAUUGUCUGAAAGAUAAACCUUGGGAUUUAUCAUUAAUCUUUUACAGGGUUAUCUUGCCUUUCCAUCACAUCAUUUCCUCUAAUUAAACCAAAACUGAAUGCCCAGAACGUUGUCAAUAUACUCCCAGCUGCCAGGAUUUCAGUAUUCAUAACACAUAAAAUAUGCUCCAGAGCCACCUCCAUAUAGCGAACAGCUUGACUUUAAAUCUAUUACAUGCAGAUCUUACAAUCUAAUACACUGCACAGCUCAAUAUUUUGGGACACACAUGAUCUGUUUCCAACAAACCAUUCCUCUUUCACUGAUCAGCCAUUGCCACUUUUAAAGAAAGUCUAGAGAGACCGUUCAUCAAAGAGCCAACAAGAAGACACAAAGUCCUUAGUUGUCACACGUUUCCCUGAUGUUCAUAUGUGAUGGUUAUGCUUUGGAGAUCAUUAAUCUUUCUUCUUGGAUUGAGAGGCAAGGACUGCUAAUUUGUAUGUGCCCUAAUGGAAUUAACAAGUGUGUCAUGCUUCCACGAUAAUAAUGCUUGUGUCUUCUAACCUGCACUCAAUACAGUAAACUAAAGAAGUUGUUAGGCUGUGUCUGGUAUUGCAGCUCAGUCACAUUCAAGAAAAUGUAAUUGAGCUGCAAUUCCAGACAUAGCCCAUCAUCAAGAGUUUCUGAAAGAACAUAAAAACACACCAUUUUUAAGUCUAAAUGUCCUUUACAACCAAUUAUUUGGAAGGAGUGUUCUUAGGAACUCUUGUUCCCAAUAACUGCCGUAACGGUGGCCAGUGAGUGAAAGCAUAGCUGGUGUGGUCACCUAAAUCAUUUCACUAUUUACUCAGGACAAACUACUGCCCUGAAACAUUGAUUAUGUGGACAAGCGAUCACAGAAGCGAUGUGGGCUUCUAAGACAGCAUUUUGAGUAGGUAAGAAAAGGACAUAGACAAUGAGAGGAUGAAUUUGUCUGCUAUUGCAGCUGAACAUAUAUUCACACUAGUGCACUUAGGGUGCCUUCAAACAUGGCAGAUUUUGUUGUAGAAAAUUUCUGUGACCGAAAAUUUGUUCCAUUUUUCUGAAAAUCCAUAUGCUUCCCACCAAAACAACCCCAAUCGGAUGAGUGGAGCUGACAUUUUCUGCCACAAAACCUGCCGAUUGUGAAGGCGCCUUCACUGUGCCAUGUGGAUACAAAUGAUCACUUAACCAUGGAGAAUAAACUAUGUUCUAUCUAGUCAUUUAUCCAUUAUUUGUACAUAUUUCUAUAUCACACUGAGUGUAUACAGAAACACAUUAUGUUCUCAAAAGUAAAGGUUAACACAUAAGAACUUCCUUUUGGAGAACUUUGAAUAUUGAAGUUACAAUCUUUCAUUUAGGACACAUAGGAUCACUGCUAUAUGAUGUACUUUUACUAGGUAAAAUCAACUAAUGGUGAACACCAUCAAGUGUAAAAGUUGACAAAAGACAGUUUUUCAUCUAAAGGAUAUGCUCACCUUUCUGUUGGCACCUCUCAUGCAGCAUUGCAUGUUGAGAACUGUAAUAUCGUGUCCAGAGAGGGAAAUACUAUUUAAAUGUGACCGGUCCUAUAUAGCUGCAUUGAAUAUUGUAUACUGUAUGAUUCAGGUUUUCAUUUCAUUGAAACAGCAUUAAACCUCACUCAGACAGGCAUGUUGUACCCAACUGUAACAGUCCAUAUUCCAAGUGUAACA